GGUGGGAUGUCCUCCGCAGUGAGCCACGAGGGUCGUAACAGAUGAUGUCUCCAUUAUGAUACGUGGGAAGCGAGAGCAAACCCAAAAAAGACAAUGGGCUCUGCCAUCACUGUUGACAUAAGCCUGCACAAAAAGAAAAAGUCAAGAAAGUCUCCUUCCUUCUCCAGUUUGAUUUACUUCCCUCACCUCCUUUCUUCUGUAGUGUAAACUCUCCUCUUUCCUCGUUUGUCACCUACUUCCUGGAUAUUUCCAUUUUCUUCCCUUCUCCAGCAAGCAGGCAAUGGCAAAUCCUUUGUAUUUUCCCACUCUUCUCUUACUCCUUGCUGCUAUCUCUCAGGCUACUGCGGAGGAACCAGUCUCCAAGCUCAAACUCAACUCUAGGAUCCUUCAGGAUUCAAUAGUUCAAAAGGUCAAUGAAAAUCCCAAAGCUGGAUGGGAAGCUACAAUGAACCCUCAAUUUUCCAAUUAUUCUGUUGGAGAAUUUAAGUACCUUCUUGGAGUCAAACAAACACCCAGAAAGGAACUAAGAGGCGUUCCUCUUUUAAGGCAUCCAAAAUCCAUGAAAUUGCCAAUAGAAUUUGAUGCGAGAACUGCUUGGCCACAUUGUAGCACCAUCGGAAGAAUUCUAGGUCACUUUCUACCUGCUUGCAUUGCAUGGUUCUCUGUUUUUUUUUUCGGUCACUGUGGAUCCUGUUGGGCAUUUGGUGCUGUUGAAUCACUAUCUGAUCGUUUUUGCAUCCAUUAUGGCAUGAACCUCUCUCUAUCUGUCAAUGAUCUCUUAGCUUGCUGUGGCUGGAUGUGCGGCGCUGGUUGCGAUGGGGGUAGUCCAAUUGAUGCAUGGAGAUACUUUGUCCAAUCUGGUGUUGUCACUGAGGAGGUACAAGUUUCUGGCCUUUCCUAUUACUUUGACCCUGAUUUUGCUCAUUAUAAAUCAGGAGUUUACAAGCACAUAACAGGUGAUGCCAUGGGAGGCCAUGCUGUUAAGCUUAUUGGAUGGGGGACUUCUGAAGAUGGGGAGGAUUAUUGGCUUCUUGCUAAUCAGUGGAAUAGAGGCUGGGGUGAUGAUGGUUACUUUAAGAUUAAAAGAGGAACAAAUGAGUGCGGCAUUGAAGGGGCUGUUGUUGCUGGUUUGCCUUCCCCCAGGAACCUCGUUAGAGAAGUUGCCAGCAUCGAUGGCCAUGAGCACGCUACGGCUUGAUGGUGGAUUAUCGUAUUCAAAUGUGAUGUAAUUCAUGUAUAAACCGUGUUUUAGCGAUAAGUUAUGCAUGGAGAGAGUUGUUGAAUAUGAUCUCAGCUACAUUAGGAUGCUUUUGUUAAAAAGGAUAAGAUUGAAUUUUAAAAAACAAAUUCAAAUAUUAAGUUAAGGUUUAAAAA